GAAUUUUCAUGCUUAUGUUUCCUUCACGAUUUCUGGUUUAAUUCUUUUAGGCUGAUUUUUGUGACAUUUAGUAAAGCCACACUUAUACAAUGCGAACUGUAUUUGUAACUGUCGGGACAACAAGUUUUGAUGAUCUUAUUGGCACUGUGACUUCAGAUGACUCUGUAAAGGCACUCAUUCACCGUGGCUACACAGACAUGGUGCUUCAGGUUGGCAGAGGUUCAGUUGUGCCUAAUCUAGACAGCUGUCCUGGACUGACACUACAAGUGUUUCGCUUCAAAGACUCAAUCGUUGAUGACAUGAGACACUCAGACCUGGUCAUCAGUCAUGCUGGAGCAGGAAGCUGUUUGGAAGCACUCGGAGCAAAUAAACCUCUACUCGUUGUGGUCAAUGAUAAAUUAAUGGACAAUCAUCAGCUGGAGCUCGCAAAGCAGCUGCAGGCAGAGUCACAUCUUAUCUACUGCACUUGCAGUACCCUGCCUCAGACCUUGAGGGAUAUGGAUCUGUCUGCUUUGACAACCUAUGAGCCUGGUCAACCGCAGAACUUCGCCAACUUUUUAGAUAAAGCCGUCGGACUUGUUUAAGCACCAUCUCUUGACCCCUGCCAAAUACCCAUGCCAAUUUGGGCUGAGGAUGAAUCUGUUUUAACGGAAAUACCUGCACUGGACCCUUUGGUUGAGAAGAACUGUUUUUACCAAACUAAUAACUGACCUUCAAUGAUAUAUGCACUGAAGGGUUGAAUAAUAUUAGUACAGACACCAUAGU